CUUAAUUCCAUAUCAAUCGGUGCCACAAAACGUAACGACACGAUAUACAUACAACAUACAUACCUAGGUACCUUACCUACGCACCUCCUCUUACCGAAACAUUGAACAACAUCAUAUCCUCCUUGAUUACUUCUAACCUCUCCAUUCAUCAUCAACUACAAAAAAAACUUUUCAAUCUCGGAUUUUAUACCUGAACUCAACCCAUUCUCAUUUUACAUCAAUCGGUGUCGCAUCAUGUCGAGACGACCUCCUAACCCUGCUGCCGAAAGGGCAGCCCAAAAUCAACAGACCAUUAAAAGUCUUCUGAAGUUAGAUGCUAACAAGACAUGCGCCGAUUGUAAACGAAACAAGCACCCUCGAUGGGCGAGCUGGAACUUAGGUGUCUUCAUCUGCAUCCGCUGCUCGGGAAUCCACCGAGGAAUGGGCACCCAUAUCUCCAGAGUCAAAUCCGUCGAUCUAGAUACGUGGACCGACGAACAAUUACAAAGCAUUUUGAGCUGGGGAAAUGCGCGCGCUAAUAAGUACUGGGAAUCUAAGUUGGCUCCUGGUCACGUCCCGUCCGAAGUCAAGAUCGAGAACUUCAUUAGAACCAAAUACGAGCUGAAACGAUGGGUCAUGGAUGGGCCCAUGCCAAGCCCUGCCAGUUUAGAUGUUGAUGGAGAUGAUGAUGUUCCACUAAGCAUCGUGAAAGAGAAACAAACCAUUGACAGGAAGGAAUCGAUGCGAAAAAGUUCCGUCGGGCACCAAGGAUCAUCGCGAAGCCCAGUCCCUCCACCGCCCCAAGCCGACCUUAUCGGUGGCGAUGAUCUCCCCCCGAGAGCGAGCACCACCGGACCAGGUCCAUCGCAUGUCCCUCCCAAAUCUGCCCCAGCACCUCCGAAGGCAUCGAAUCCUAAAGACUCGCUCCUAGGCCUGGACUUUCUGGGAGAAGCACCUGCCGCCCCCCCACGACCAGCAAGCACAAACAAUACAGGUGGCAUGAGCGGCCAGUCGAGACCUGAUCUCAAGCAAUCUAUCUUAUCUCUCUAUGCUUCAGCUCCACGCCCCCAGCAACCGCCUCAACAACACUCACAUUCUUCUUCUGGGUCCUUCGGGGGAUUUGGAGGAAUGCAAUCUCCUUCGUUGCAAACCUCAAACGUAGGACACCAGUCCAAGAAUUCGACUAGUGGCGGACUCAACGAUGCAUUUGCUGGGUUGAGCUUUGGAAAUAUGACGUCACCAAAGAGCCCCCAGAAAGAUGCCUUUGCAGGCUUGACGAAUAUGUCUAGUAACAGGUCGACUCCCCAGCCUGCAACUUCAUCGUUUUCUAGUCUCAGUGGUGGUGGUUUCUUUGAACCCAAGCCCACUCACCCGGCUCCACAACAUCAAGCCAAACUUUCCACAAGCACGUCCGAUAGCUUCGGUGCAUUCAGCGCAGCUGCCGGCUCUUCCAAACCGACGCAGUCCUCUUCGGCAGCUUUAGGCGAUCUCUUUGAUUGGUCUAAUCCUUCUCCUCAACCAUCUGCCGCGCCGGCUCCUCCCAAACCGGCUCCUGCCAUAUCCCCAAAUACCGAUUCUAUAUUCAAUCUUUCCGCAACUCAACCGAAACCAGUUCCAAUGUCAGGACCUACUACGAGCACAGCAUCGUCUCUGAACACAUCCGCAUUUAAUAACUCGGAUGUUUGGGGCAAUGCAUGGGGUAACCCUGAUCCGACACCAGUGCCUGCUCCAGCUAUGAAGAGUCCAUCCCCGAUCAAGUCUCCCGUUUUACCCAGCGGUAAUGACUUUGGACCUUGGGGUAGUACUGGAGGCUCCUUCGCUAGCCAAAGUAUAAUGCCGGGCGCUUCUGGAGGAUUUGCACCAACACCCAAAGUCGCAGCUGAUGAAGAAUUUGGUGGGUGGACUAGCAGCACAGGUGGAAAUACUAACAACAAGCCAGGGGCGAAACCCAUUGGUGGAUUUGGCAGUGAAGAUUUAUUCUCCAACGUUUGGCAGUAAAGUUGCUUGGCAAAUGCAACCUAUACGCCGUGAAACAAGAAGCCUCUACAAGAAUCGGGGGGAAGGGUUGUUUGGCUUGAAGGCCAAGUUGCGAAGGCAUAGCCCUUUGAGGCCUUUGCUAUGUGCAUUGCAGUAGCU